CCCAUUUUCUUACACCCCCUCACAUUCUUAGCCUGGCGAUCGGAUCAACGCGAGGCAUCCUCUCCUGGAACUGGCAUUCCCCCAGAAAUCAAACCCUAAAUUUGAACCCUAAAAAAAAAAAAAAAGUCCCAGAAGCCUUGGUUUGAACUCAUAAACGAUUCUGGCUCACUCCCGGCAAAAAACCCUAGCGACAACCCAAUCUUCGGACCUCAUCACAUCCCAUGUGAUUAUAUACAUGGACUAAAUUUCUACUUGUGUAUAACAAGCCGGAGAUUGAUCAAAAUGCCACGUUAUCCUGACAUAGGGUGGGAGCAUGGUAAAAUGGUUGGGGGACAAAGACACCAUGUGCAAUGUAAUUACUGCCACCGAACCAUGAUUGGGGGUAUAACUCGCUUCAAGAAACACUUAGCAAGCAAAAGUGGGGAAAUCAAGGGGUGUGAGGCUGUGCCAAAAGAAGUAAAGGAGACAAUAAGGAACCAUUUAGCCGCAUUAAAACCAAAGUCAAUGGAAAAGAAGAAAAGAAGGAAGGUGUAUGUUGUAAAGCCUCUUACUCAUCAAAACAUGGACUCAGAGGGAUCGGAUACAUAUGUGACAAAUGCUAAACAUGAAUUGCUAGCCUCUUACGAAGAGGAAGCUCACUCUGAUAAACAAAUUUCCACUGUCGCAAAGGAGUUCUUGGAUGCUUUCUCAAGUGAUUUGUCCAAGGACGAGCAAGGAUCAGCUCCCCCAAGAGCUACUGAUGUGGGGUGGGCCCACGGUAUAAUGGUAAAUGGGGACCGACAAAAGAUAAAGUGCAGAUAUUGUUCGAAGGUAAUAUUAGGAGGUGGAAUCUCACGCCUUAAACAACAUUUGGCUGGAGAAAGGGGAAAUAUAGCCCCAUGUGAGAAAGUGCCUGAUGAUGUUAAAUCACAAAUUCAACAACACAUGGGUUUUAAAGUUCUGGAGAAACUUAAAAGGCAGAAAGAAUCAGAAAGUUUAAAAAAUUUUGGCCAACAUUUCAAUGAAGAAGAUUACGAUGGUGAGUUCCAUAACGAAACUUCUACAAGGGGAAUUUUUUGUAAGAGAAGAGGAAGGGAGGUGGAAAAUGUAAAGUCUCACAAAAGAACAGAGAAGUUCUUUGCUUCCCAGGUUUCACAGGCAGCACAGUCGGCAUUGCAUUCUACUUUUGCUUCACAAGAGAGCAUAGACCAAGCUGAUAUUGCUGUUGCAAAAUUUUUGUAUGAUGCUGGAAUACCAUUAAAUGCAGCUAAUUCUUACUAUUUCCAAAAAAUGGCUGAUGCGAUUGCAGCAGUUGGUCCUGGAUAUAAAAUGCCUUCUUACCAUUCUUUGCGUGCUAAACUGUUGAACAAAUGUGGUCAUGAAGUAGGUCAAGUCUGUAAAGAGAUUCGAAAAUCAUGGGAAGCAACAGGUUGUACUGUCAUGGUUGACAGGUGGGUGGAUAGGAACAGUCAGGUGGUGCUUAAUUUCCUUGUUUAUUGUCCAAAAGGAACCAUGCUCAUCAGAUCAGUAGAUGCAUCUGACAUUGAUCUUUAUGGGGAAGGUCUUUUGAGUUUAUUUGAUAGCAUUAUCCAAGAGGUCGGGCUUGGAAAUGUUGUGAAUUUUAUUACUGAUACUACACCGUCUCAUAAAGUUGCAGGAAAUGCAUUAAUGAACAAGUACAAGACCUUUAUCUGGAGCACCUGUGCAAACCAUGGCAUUGAGUUAAUUCUCAAGGAGUUAUGCAAUUUGAAUGAAGUGAAAGAAGUUUUGGCACAGGCAAAGAGGAUUUGCCAGUUUAUAUAUAACAAUGCAUGGGUGCUUAAUUUGAUGAGGAAGAAAACUGAAGGAAGAGAUAUAUUUCAGCCUGCCAUGACAGAAUUUGUUACAAAAUUUUUAACAUUAGACAACAUGAUAUCUGUCAAAGACUCGCUCCAUCAGAUGUUCACAAGUACUUUGUGGGAGCAGUCAACUUUCUCGAAACAAAGUGCUGGAGAGGAUGUCACAGAAAUUGUGCUAAAUCCACAGUUUUGGUCUUCAUGUAUGAGAGUCGUGAAGGUAUCAAAACCUCUUGUUACAGUUUUACACCAAAUAGAUAGUGAAGAUAGGCCAUCAGUGGGGUAUUUUUACAAUGCUAUGGAGAAGGCAAAGAAAAGUAUCAUGUUAGCAUUUAAUAACAAUGAAACAGAUUAUCUUCCAUACUUGGAAAUUAUUCAAAAUGCGCGAAGUGAAUUCCAUAGCCCACUGCACGCUGCUGCUUGUUACCUUAACCCAUCCAUAUAUUACGGUCCCAGCUUUUCCAUUAACAGUGUUAUUCAUAAAGGUCUCCUUGAUUGCGUAGAGAUAUUAGAGCCUAACUUGAAAGCCCAAGAUAACAUUACAAGGCACAAAGCAUGCUAUGAGGAAGCUGUUGGCGACUUCAGUAGACCAGUGGCAAUAAGGGGUAGGGAAACACUAUCUCCAGCUACAUGGUGGUCUCUGUAUGCGUCAGACUAUCCAGAUCUCCAGCACUUCGCUGUUAGGAUUUUAAGCCAGACAUGCACCAUAACUACAGCCGAGAGGAAUUGGACCAUGAAGGAGUGCAUGCAUUCAAGAAAUAGGAACAGAUUGGAACAAGAAAGGUUGACAGAUCUCACAUUUGUACACUACAAUUUGCGUCUUCAACAAAGGCAAUUAGCAGCAUCUGGAAGCAAGACACCAAUAAGAGGUGAGCGCGGUCCAGUAAGUUUGGAUGGAAGGGACUUCAGCAUUGGAGAAUGGAUUGAGGACCCUGGGGUACUUGAGGGACAAGAUACAAGCUGGAUGAAUGUGGCUUUACCCAGUGAUGUAGAUAAUGAUAGUAUUGGCGUUGACGAUGGAGGCACUGAGAUGAGUGAUUAAGAUCUAAGAGUGGUGAUAACAUUAGAUUUGUAAUGUUCUAUUUGUACAAAUGUCAAGUCAGGUCUUUUGUUGUGUGUAUAUUGUUCAUUUGAUUAGCUAACUUUUCUUUGUUUAUUAAUUACAGUGUUUAUUAUACUAAACUUUUGGUUUGCUGAGAACCUUGAUAGCAUGUACUGGAUAUUUUAGAGGUAUUGGUGAUGAUGAUGGAGGCAUUGAGAUUAGUGAUUCA